GUAUACAUAUAACAACGUUACGUUUUUCAACCGUGCUUUGAAACAAGUAACUCCAACAUUUAUGUGGUUUCAUUUUCAAGAUUUCUCCCAUGGUUUAGGCUCUAGUGGGUUUUCUUUAAUUUAAACCCAAUCCAUGUGCAUCUAUCAUAUUGUUCAUGUAUUUUGGCAUUGGCAUUAUGCACAUCAAAACACGUUAUUGUUCUACUCGUCUCCAAUAAUUCAAACACUAUUCUAAUUCAAUAUGCUCCUUUAACUAGCCGACUCUCUUCCACUAUCAAGUUGUAAUACCAACUACACCCUCUAAAUUUUCCUCAUGAAAAGUCAUAUGCAAGGGCAGAAAUGUACAUCCACAGUCACACUCAUAACUGAAAUUUCAGAAAACCAUGCUCCAAAACCACAGGAAAUAAAACCAAAAGCCUCUAAUUUUAUUUAGCCACUUACCUAUAUAUUCAGAAGCAGCAAAUUCCUGGGAAUUCAAUUCAACCAACACAAUAUUCAAGUCUUUGCAAAAGCACUAGCCUUCUUAAAGCAAAUUAAACCUUGAUAAAAAACAGCCAAGUUUUUUCAAGAAUCAAAGAUCAUAUUAGAAAAAAAAUGAGUUCAACAAGCAGGGCAUGGGUUGCAGCAGUGAGCGUGGGAGUAGUAGAGGCAUUGAAAGAUCAAGGACUUUGUAGGUGGAACUAUACCAUAAAAACAAUACAUCAACAUGCCAAGAACAAUAUAAGGUCAUAUUCACAGGCCAAGAAGUUCUCUUCUCAGUCUUCUUCUUUGGUUUCUGCAAACAAAGAAUUGAAGGAGAAAGUGAAGCAAUCUGAAGAGUCUUUAAGGAAAGUCAUGUACUUGAGCUGUUGGGGUCCCAAUUAAAUCCUAACAGUUAAUAUAAGUGUUAUUACUGUAACUUUAUCUUUAGGCUAAAUUGCCUAGUACAUAGUAUAUAAAUUAAUGGAAAGAAAUAUUAGUGCAAUUCUGAUAUCUAGAGUCAAUUCUU